AUGCUCGCACGUGCCCAUGUGUCCAUGCUUAUCACAACAUUACAUAUGCCCGGUUCAAGCAUGCUCCGGCCUGUUUUAUGUUGGCAGUUUGCCACUGCAUGGUCCAGCCAGCAGCUCUGGGGACAUCGACCGCACGCCGCUCUCAAAUUCUUCGGCCCCUUGCAACAGGGAUCCUUCAGCUGCUUUGACGGAUCUGCGGUUCUUGAAAGCGAUGCUGUAAAUGACGACUUCUGUGAUUGUGCAGACGGAUCCGAUGAACCUGGAACAUCUGCCUGUGCUGGUGUCGGUCUUUUCUACUGCCGUAAUGCAGAGUCCAUUCCAAAGUUGAUCUACUCGUCGCAUGUUGCAGACGGCAUCUGCGAUUGUUGUGACGGAUCCGACGAGUGGUGGUCUUCAAGUUGCCCAAACACCUGCAGCCUUGAGGGGCCUGCACUUCGAGCUCAGCAGCAGGCACUGAGAGCAGAUCGCCAGCGGGGCCGAGAACUUCGUCGAAGCGGCGAAGCGGAGGCCUUGAAGCAGGUUGCCAAAUGGCGAGAGGAACAGGAAGGUUUGAAGCAGCUGCUCGCCAGCGCGGCCAGCGCCAGCGCCAAGCAACCAGCAGUGGACACUGUGGCCUCUCAGCCCGGAGGACAGCCGGGAACAAGCGGAAGUCCGGCGGUCUCUGAAUAUGCGCGGUGGGCUCUACAAGCUGUCCCGCAGCGGGUCCCCGAGCACAGCUCAGUCGAGUGCUGGGUGGGAGAGUUUGCAAAUGCAAAGGAGGUCUGCUGCGACAGGAGUCAGGGACCCCUCGGAAGGUCGCAUUGCUGGGACAGCAUUUAUACCUUCGCGGCAUGCUGUGGAGAAUCUGGAAGUUCCGAUGGUGCACAGCGUGUACACGAGCAAGAUGCGGAAGAGGUAGCGAGGCAAUCUCGGAAAGUAAAAGGUAGGCUCUUUACCAUCGAAAGGAAGCUUGCGGCGGUGGAGAGUGGCCUUCGAUGGUUCUCCUUGAUAGAACAAUGCGUCGAGAGACGGUUCUUGGGCAAGGACUUCAAGCUCUGCUUCUUCCAAGAUGUGCGACAGGGAUCCGUCCACGUUGGCAGUUUCGAUGGCUGGGAGGGCAAGGCCAUGUUGUACACUGGAGGCCAGCGGUGUCCAGCUGGUCCUGCACGUUCCAUGAAAGUCUGGCUGACUUGCGCUGGAGAAGUGGGGUUGCUGGAUGUUUCAGAGGUCUCGCUUUGCACCUACGAGGCCGUCGCGACAGCGCCUGGUGCUUGUGAGGUGGACCUCGAACCAGAGGAUGACGAACUGGUUCUCAUGCCACAUGAUGAGUUCCGAGAGGUUAGCUUGUUGCCCAAGGGAUGA